AUGUCACACGUUGAAGAAGCAAAAGGCGGCUGGCCUCACGAUUCGAUCGCGCAUCUAGCACCACAUGCGCCAAUUCAGGUAAGAAAAAAUUCUCCAUAGUUGUUUUCCUAACUUCAUGAUUUCUGAAAUAUCCUGCCCAUAGUAAAAAAAAUUGUGGAAAAAAACAAGCUUCCACUUCAAAAGUUCAGACAUCGACUUGUUUUUCAUGGAUGUUGUGUUUUUUUUUCGAAAAAAGAGAGAAUGCCCUCGUUUUUUUUAUUUUUAGCUUCAUUCUAUUUUUCAAAUAAUUUUUUGAGAAUAGUGCACACUUUGCAAAAAAUGCUCUUUUGUUUUCCAUACAUCUAUCCAGACUUGUACUUGACUUAGAUGUUUUUUCUAGAAAAAAAGUGGGUACGGUGGGGAAUGAGAACAAAUGAAAUAAGAGAAUAGAAUCCCUUCUUGUUUGGUCAGAAAUACUGAAAAAAUGUAGUCAAUUUUUGAAAUCAAGCACUGUUUUGAAGUUACGAUAAAACCAUUCUCUAUAAGUUCUACUUCACCUUGCCAUAAAACAAUAUUAAAAAUUUUAGGUACAACCCGAUAGCUCACAGGGAGCAUUUCAUGUGAUGCAACAAGGAACGUGGCGACUUCCAGUUCCAGCACAAUUCGGAAACAUUGUCAAUAAGCCACCAUUAUUUGGGUAGGUUUUUUUUUUUGAAAAAACCAUUUUUAAUUUAACCCAUAAAAGGGAAAUUAAUGAGAAACCGUUAUUUUUUGUAGGUCAGAAUGGCGAGCGCCAGCUGACUGGGGAGCCAACAACAAUAAAUUAGGCGAAUGGGACAAAUGGUCAACGAACACUGAAAUCGCACGACCGCUCGCCACAUUUGGCAAUUCGUCAUUAACUGCGUCAAUAAUGACAGGACAGUCUGAUGCUGCGAGUGUUGUUGUCAAAGCAGAUGAGACGACACAAAUUCAUCCGAACACUGAAUAUGUUAGUCCAAAAGAGGUUAGUGUUUUGUUUCAUAAUUAAUCUUGUCUACUGAAUUUUUAAAUACAAUACAUAAUAAAUUACAUUUUUUCCUAUUUUCAAUUCUCUUUUUUACAGGAUGAACGAAAAUCCAGUGAACACACAAAUUCAUAUGAUGUAUCAGCUUCACAAUCACCUAGCAAUCACGAUGAGGAACAACAGACUGCUGAAAAAGAUGAAUCACUGAAAAUGGAUGAAGGAGAGGUAGAGCCGGAGGAAGAAGAAGUGGAACAUAAGAAGAAACCAUCAUCGAGUAUGGAAGAUUCACAACUUCUUUUGAAUUUUUCAUUUGGUAACUCAAAGACAUCAGAUGCUAAAGAAACCACAUCUGAUUUGGCGACAAAAUUUCCAUUGAUGGGAUUUUUACACAGUGGAACUAGCGCUUUUUCGAAUAUUGAGCCAAGUAUUUUGAAACCUAGUUCACCAAAACCUGCUGAAGCUGCCACACCUGCACCACCGACAACAUCUUCAUCAUCAUUUUGUAGACCACCAGGUCUUGGACCUGUCAAUAUCCCGCCACCCACUAAUGGUCAAGCUGCACCUUUAGUUUGCCCAAUUUGUGGGUUUUCGUGCCCAUCAAAGUUCCAUUAUAACAGUCAUAUGAAUACACACGGUGAUCAUCAAUGUAAUAUGUGUGAUUAUACUAGUCGAACGGAAGGUAGAUUAAAGAAACAUAUGCGGGAAUCACACACUGUUGAAGAACAAUUGAAAGCUGGCAUGGAAAUUGAACCAAAAGUAGAGAGCUCAAGAUCUUCUGGUUCGCCAAUGACACCGGAGAAGGAAUCAGAGAACUCGAAUUCAUUCAUGUUGAACUUGACCACUACAAUGGCCUCAAUUCUUGACUCAACAGCUUCAGCAUUAGCAGCAUCAAUGGCUUCCACAGAGGUAUGUAUUUUAUAUUUUUCUCAUCAGAAUUCAGAACAAAAAUUCAAAAAAAUCUUAUAUUUUUUCUUUAGAUGCCUUCAUCUCUCCCAACUGGCUUGAAAUUGGACAUCAACAACACACCAAGUCUUAUCAGUUCCUUGACCAGCGGUGCACUGACUUCAUCAGCUCUUGAUCAAAUCAGAGCGUUUACUGAAAAUUCCAAUCUCAUCCCAGAUGGCGGACUAACUCUUGCCUCGGCUUUGGGUGCGGUUUCACAGGCAAUGGCUGCUGAACCAAAAACACCAGAGAAGCAUUCACAUGGUGGUGAAACACGAAGAAGUAGCAGUGGAAAAGUUAAAAUCUUGAAGUGUAAGCAAUGUGGACAUCAAAGUUUAUCAAAAGAUGAUCAAUGGCUUCACGCUCGAUCACAUAUUCCAAAUGAGAAACAACUCAAUUGUCAACACUGUAAUUUUGUAACCGAAUACAAACAUCACUUGGUAUGUUUAUUAACAUUCUCAUUAAUUUGCAUUUUCCAUUUCUUAUCAUUGUUUUAUAGGAGUAUCACUACCGUAAUCAUCUGGGCAGCAAACCGUUCCAAUGCAAAAAAUGUGCUUAUACUUGUGUCAACAAAUCGAUGCUCAAUUCGCAUAUGAAAAGUCAUACGAAUCAUUAUCAAUUCAGAUGUAUGGAUUGCACAUAUGCAACCAAAUAUUGUCAUAGCCUCAAACUUCACUUGAAAAAGUAUAAUCAUCGAAGAGUUCCUGAUGGUAUUGAAAUGAAUGGUGGAGACUCUUCACCAACAUUGAGUAACUCAGACACUAUUCAAUCUUAUCCAUCAUUAACAAAUUUGGCAAAUCCAUCAAGUCAAGAAAAGAAAACAAGUGAACAACAACCAGCUACCACAGUUGUUACGCAACCACAACAAUUCAAUUUUGCCCCAAUGGUUACUAGUCAAAGUCUUAAUUAUGCUAGUCAAAUGCUUUUAAAACAUCAUCAAAUGGAUGGUGGAUUGAAUCCUCUUCUUCUUCAAAAUCUUAACACAUUAACUGCUCCAGCUUCGAUUCCAUUAAAAUGUCCGAUGUGUGAAGUGCAAUGUUCAUCUCAAGAUGAGCAAAUGCGACACAAUAUGAGUCAUUUUAUGAAUUCAUCAGUGCCAACAACUCUUGCAUCGUUGUAUAAUAAUAUCUCAGCUCUUGGAGGUUUACCAUCAGCUGCGAAUACAAAUGAAACUGAAACAUCUAUGGAAGUUGAUGAUACUACAGAUGAACCAGAUAAUUAUGAAGGAAGUCGGCACGAAGAUGAAGAAAUGGAUCAAUUGAGCGACUGUGCACAUGCGAGUCCAACCAGCAUAAAGAGUGAGUAAUAGUUUUUCAAACAAUUUUUCAAGUAAACUUACAUCUUUGUUUUUUUCAAACCAUAACAAUUAAAUCAUUUUUAAAAUUCAAUUUCUGUAAUUUUCAGCCUCGUCGGUAUCUUGCGAUGAAGAAAUAAUCAAAGAAAAAUCACCAACAUCCAGUUCGGCUAGCAUUGCAGAUAAAGAAGACACUGAAACUCACGUUGAAUCGUCUGUUUCUCCACCAUCAGAGCAGAAUAGUGAAUCAUCAUCGUCUCAAAUCCGCCUCCCAAUUUCAAUGUCAUCCGAAGCGCCAUUAAUGAUAAAUACAUCUGAGUCUGGAUCGUUGAACAACUUGUUGCAACAAGCCUGUCUUGCGAUCAACGCUUUGCAGGCAAAACAACGCGAAUCGAAUUUUAAUAAUUUUACUUGCCCGCAUUGUAAAAUGGGAUAUCACGUAAGUUUUUUUGAAAAAUUCAAAUUUGAAUCGAUUAUCAAUACGAUGAUUUUUUUCAGAAUCAAGCAUUGUACAAUAUUCAUAUGUCACAUCACUGCUAUGAACAUCCUUUCAAGUGUAGUCGAUGUGAUUUCACUGGCACCGACUCAUUGAAUUUUAAUAUUCAUUUGCUACAAAGUUCCCACGAUACCAGCUCCAAUGCCAAUUGA